UCAAUUUUGUUCCCCCAGUAAGAUUAACUGAAUGAUUUGCAAAGAAAUUUCUCAGCUGGGACUAAGGGAAGGAAAAAUCAAUUGUGAUGUAAAUAUAGCGUAAUAGCAAGAUAUUUUGGACAAUUGCGGUGAACACACGAGCACAAAAUAACAUAAAAGUGUCGGUUUCUUUGUUUGUAAGCUACAAGAGAUCACGUAAGGAACGUGUCUGUUGCUUUAAUCCGUGAUAAAUUGUAUUCUUUUCUAAUAAUCAAGAAACAGGUUUCUGGUAGCAAACUGUCGACGUAUCAACCCUUGUCGUUAAUUAGAAAACUUUGGAAAAGAUAUGAGUUCUUGAAUCAGUUGACGAUUUCAAAACGAUUGAUGACCUGAGACAACUACAGACAGCUUCGUUUAUGUGAAGCAUCAAAGAACAAGAAGGCGAAGCGAAGGGCUUACUUCAGUUCACGAGGCAUUUCAGUGAAGAUAUAUCGAUAGUUGAAUGAAACUUUCUGACAACUUUUUAUGCGAUCUCUUGAGUCACAACGCAAACGUUUCCAUCAAGGACAUGUUCAGUAACUAAGGUUAACAUUUUCAUUUCUUUAUUCAAAACAGAGACUUGAAAAGACCGUAGCCAGAGGUGCCAUUCAAUUGUAUGACCAAUGUGUUACUGAAACUUGAGAGAAUAGUUGCAAAAGCAUUGAAAUGCAAUACUGGAAUGAUGCAAAAUGUCGUCAUGGUAGACCCACAAGUUUUUCAACGGAUUUAGAAGGGAUGGAUGAAGUGAACAGCAAACAGCGUAAAGAGGAAAAAGCAAUUAGAAACAAUUCAAGUCAAAACUCCAAUAUGAAUCAACGCGAGAGAAUUGUUGUAAAUAUUUGCGGUGCAAAAUACGAAAUCCUUGAAAGCACGAUUCAACGGUAUCCAAAGACUUUGUUGGCAGAUCAUGAAAAACGCUUGGAGUAUUGGGACGAGGAAAGAAGAGAGUAUUUCUUCGAUAGAAAUCGAUUGUGUUUUGAAUCCGUUUUGACUUAUUACCAAAGUGGAGGACUCAUAUUACGUCCGCCUCAUAUUCCAGAUGUUCUGUUUAUUCGAGAGCUGGAGUUUUAUGAGCUAGGCGAUAAAGUUGUUAACACAGUAAAAAGCGAGUUAAUUUUACCGGAAGAAAAAAGAGAUUUUCCAAAGAAUAAACUGCAAGCUCAAAUUUGGAGUCUGUUUGAGUAUCCAGACACAGGAAACAUUGCACGACUUAUAGCCUUAUUUAGUUGUACCAUCGUUCUGCUAUCUAUCGUUCUCUUUUGCAUUGAAACACUACCAGCAUUUCACGACAAGGAUUCGAAACACGAUGAAACAUUUUAUUAUAUUGAAGCUAUAUGCAUUGCGUGGUUCUGUUUGGAGUACAUAAUAAGGUUCUUCUCGUCGCCCAAUAAAUAUCAAUUUUUCACCCAAGUGCUAAACAUCAUCGAUUUAGUCGCUAUUUUACCAUUUUUCAUAUCAUUCGGGCUAAAUGGACACAAUAACAAUGUUUCUUCAAUGGCACUACUGCGGGCUGUAAGACUUGUGCGAGUAUUUCGUAUUUUCAAGCUGUCACGUUAUUCAACUGGCCUUCAGAUUUUGGGUAUGACAUUGCGCGCAAGCAUGGGCGAACUGGGUCUGCUCGUUUUUUUUCUCACAGUUGGUGUUAUUUUGUUCUCCAGUGCUGUGUAUUAUGCUGAAAUGGACCACAAGAACAGCUUAUUCAAAAGUAUACCUCAUUCCUUUUGGUGGGCUAUUGUCACCAUGACAACAGUGGGAUACGGUGACAUGUAUCCCAAAACAUUCGGUGGCAAAAUCGUUGGAUGCCUCUGCGCAUGCACAGGAAUUCUAGCUAUCGCACUUCCGGUACCAGUCAUAGUAUCAAAUUUUGAAUAUUUCUAUAGUAAGGCACAGCGUAGAGAAGAAGGAAAUACAGAUGAGAUCAAUCAGAAAUUUGAGAAACAAAAUCGUCUGAAGAAUUUUCUUGCAGUUCUUAACCGUAGAAGACCAAAUAAUAGAUCCAACGAAGAAACGUGUUUCGAUAUGGGCCCUUUUCCUAUGCAUACAGAGAGUCCACACAAUUGUAACGAUAGCCACGCGUUAAAUCCCCACAACGAUGAUGAAGAGGACAAAGAUCAAGAAAAACAAGAAAUGAAAUUGUGGAAGUACGAUGGAACAUUGCGGGCAUCAAAUGUAUGAAAAUAAAUAUAAAAAUAUUUCAGCUGAUUUCUGAAAGUCUGAGAACAAGAAAACUGUACAGAAAUUGACGUCACUUGAAUAUGUAAAUGAAAUAAAGGCACAACUAGAAGAUGUAUAUGUCCAACACUUGCAAGCGUGUCAUAAAGUAAAAGAACAUAAACACAGUAAAGAAAGAAUUGUUAGUUUUAAAUGAAAAAUAUAAUACUCUGAUGUGCUCUAAUGGAACAUUAUCAAGCAUUUAUAUGAAAAUUAACAAUGCGAAAAUCCAUGUACAUAUUUAUGAGAGGACGUCGAAAAACAAGUAAAAUUGAAAAA